UAAACAAAAAGAAAUGAAUUCCAACCGUUGUGCUAUCUGUAGGGCCUUAAAACAAAUUUGUGACCCAAAUUGCAAAUACAAAGCACAUUUUCCAUCGAACGAUACAAGAUUUGAAGAUGUUCAACAAAUAUUUGGAGCCGCAAACGUUGCAAAUAAACUCAACAGUCUUGAAACUGAAGAACAACGUAAGAUUGCUGCCAACUCUUUGUGCUAUGCGGCUGAGGCUCGUAGACGUGAUCCCAAAUCUGGAAUUGCUGGGAUGGUACAACACCAUGAGAGUAUUCUCAAUGAUGUUGAACAAGAUAUCAAAUUUGCAGAGAAUGAGCUUAAAACCAAUAUGGGACCUGAUCAAGUGCCAAAAUUUGUUCCUGUUCCAAUUCCAGAUGGUUUUCUUACUACUGUUGAUGAUGCAUCAACAUCUGCGGGACCAUCUGCGGGACCAUCUGCAACUUUACCUAAGAAUCAUGAGUAAUAAUACUCAACAGAUAUUUCUGUCACCUAAAAACCAAAACCAACAAUAUUUUCAGUCAAAUGUCUUUUAAUGUUUUUUUCUUUCUUUGAACUCCAUAUCUCAUAAUAAUCUUGUAUCCUUUUCCUUUAUUUAUCACCAUUUCUUCA